UACAAUUAUUAAACCGGCGAACGUUCUUAGGUAACCGGGACUAAAGUCUACCCCUUCUACCCGAAGUCCGCAAAAAUUUCUAUCAAGAUGGCAGCAAACACAGGGAAGCUUCUAGGUAAGACAUUGUUUAUCACCGGUGCAAGUCGGGGUAUUGGUAAAAGCAUCGCCCUGAAAGCCGCCAAGGAUGGAGCAAACAUUGUCAUUGCUGCCAAGACAGGAACACCUCACCCAAAAUUGCCAGGCACAAUCUACACUACAGCUGCUGAAGUUGAAGCAGCUGGUGGAAAGGCUCUGGCGUGUCUUGUGGACAUAAGGUUUGAGGAUGAGGUAGAGCGUGCUGUGGAAUCUGCUGUAGAGAAGUUUGGGGGAAUCGACAUACUUGUUAACAACGCGAGCGCCAUCAGCCUGACGGGAACUUCCGCCACACCCAUGAAGAAAUAUGACCUCAUGAAUGGAAUAAACGGGAGAGGAACGUAUCUCUGUUCACGCGUGUGCCUGCCGUACCUGAAGAAGAGCAAGAGCCCCCACAUCUUGAACAUCAGCCCGCCCUUAAACAUGAACCCAAAGUGGUUCAAGGGCCAUGUGGCAUACACUAUGGCCAAGUAUGGCAUGUCCAUGUGUGUCCUUGGAAUGUCAGAAGAGUUCAAAGACGAAGGCAUUGCUGUUAACGCUCUCUGGCCAAGAACUGGCAUCUAUACAGCAGCAAUGCAGAUGUUGGGUGGAGGUGAUGAGAUUGCUGCCCAGUGUCGUAAGCCCGAGAUCAUGGCAGACGCCGCCUACUGGAUGAUGUGCCAGGGGAGUGAUUUCACGGGCAACUUUGCCAUUGACGAUGAGAUCCUAGUCAAUGCGGGCAUCCAUGAUAUGGACCAGUAUUCCUGUAUUCCAGGUAGUACCAACUUGCUUCCGGACUUUUUCCUGGAUGAGGGCCCUGAGGUUCUACAGCAGAAAAUCUUGGAUGCUGGGGGCAAGCCAGCAUUCAUGACAGGCAGCGGGGCUAAGCCCCAGGGGAGUGGGGACUCAGCGAAGGUGUUCACACAGCUAGAGGCCCUUAUGUCAGAGGAUAUGGUCAAGUCUAUUGGAGGAGUCUUCCAAUUUAACCUGCAGGGAGCUGAGGAUGGUAUAUGGUACGUGGACCUGAAGAACGGCACUGGGACCGUGGGGAAGGGACCGCCACCCACAGAGGCUGGAUGUACCAUGACCAUGGACAGUGAUGACUUCAUUAAGAUGUUUGCUGGCCAACUGAAACCUACUUCUGCCUUUAUGAUGGGAAAACUCAAGAUUAAGGGGGACAUGGCAUUAGCCAUGAAACUGGAAAAGCUAAUGGGCAAAAUGAAGUCAAAUCUUUGAUCUCUGGGACUGGUAAUGAUAGGAUUUACAGUCAGAUAAAAGUGAACAUAUACAUAUUAUAAGUACAUGUAUGAAGUAUUUUACAUGUAUCAAGUUGUGAUAAACUAUGGGCAAUCUUAUAAUGUCUUCUAUUUAAAUGUUUGGUUUCAAAUCUCAGUCUAAAUGCAGUCAAAGAUGAAACAAGUUCAUGUACACAUAGGUUCAUUUGUUUCGUGAGAAUUCAACGUUAUAUAAAUUAUUUUAUUGUCGUACUGGAUUCACAUUUUAUGAUUUAAAAUCAGGUUGUAAACUCAGUCCCUAUGUCAGUGAUUUUCUGUUCAGUGUAUAGGCAGCGAAAGGCCUCAGAAUGUCAGAGGGGAGAUUUUGUUGUCAUUCAAAAAUGUCAUUACUGUAUUAACUAUCAAACAUAUAAAAUUGGGUCGACUGUUCAGAACUUUGUUAAAGUUAACAAUGAUGUUAACGUCAUCGUUGUUUACUUUCAAUUGUAUUCUCCUCAUCAUAUAUGAUCAUUAUUUUUUGUAUUAUUGGGAAGAAUGUAAUGCACAUGUAUUAAGGGAUUCUGCAUAAUUGUUAUUUGAAGACAAAUGAGUUCAUUUCAUUAUGGUAUGAAAAUAAAAAGUAUUUACUAUU